AUGACCCGGUCCAUCACCACUCAUGAUGCCAACGGCACUGCAGGCUCCGUAUGUCGCAUCGUGGAUAUUGGACCGGAUGUCACCAGUGCCAUGCAUCGCACCUUCUCUAUUGACUACGGGGUAGUGUUGGAGGGAGAGGUGGAAUUGAUCUUGGACAGCGAGGAGACUAGACGGCUCAAGAGAGGGGAUAUGGCGAUCCAGCGGGGGACGAACCAUGCCUGGAGGAAUGUGACUCGGACGGUGGAUGAGAAUGGACAACGGGCGGGUUGGGCCAGGAUGCUUUACGUGUUGUUACCGAUCUUACCCCUGCAGUUAGAAGGGGGAGAAAGGCUGACGGAGUCUGUCGAUGGAAUGGGUGUUGCUAGGAGUACUUAG